UGUGUGUGUACUUGAUGUAUGUGAGUAGCUGCUGGGCGAAAGGCUAUCGAGCGAAUGACAACUCGCAGGAACGACGUCUGGCGAGCUCGUAAAGGUCGUAUCGAUGUGAAAACAUAAAGAAACACCCCAAAGUGAUGAAGUGAAGUGUGAUUCCAUCAUCGAUCCGACGUGUCGCCGAAGAGGGCAUUUCGCUGCAUCAGCCAUCUCGCAUUCUCGAGAGGCCACUACCAUAGUGCAACUAGUGCUCUAAUCAUCAGGUAUUCGCUCCAUCACCAUCAUCAUCAUCAUAUCAGGAGGAAAGGAUUGAAUCUUAGCAUUGCAUUCAAAGUCAUGUUUGGCUAAACCGAGUCUUGGCCAAUUGAAGAUCAGCCAUGUGGUCGGAGGCCCACCUGCGGGUGUCCGGCAUGACUUGCGGCAAGUGUGAACGGCUGAUUCGCGAAGCCGUUCAAGCGAUAUCGGCCGAAGGCAUCCAAUCCGUUCACGUGUCCAAGGAUGACGGGCAGGUCCGGUUUAGGUGGGAUCCAAGUGAUCCCAAGGUGGACCAAGACCAAGUGGUGGCCGCCAUCCAGGCCUUGGUCAACGGCAAGUUCAAAGUGACCCAGUACAUCCCGGACAUGGAGGCCCAUCUGGCGACGUUGCCGUUGAUCGACGUUAUGGCAUCACCAAAAGCUUCCAGGACAAAUCUCAUUAGCGUGUCACAUUCCGAACCUCUUCUUGGGGAUUUUGGUGAGGAUGACCUGGAGGACACGCGGCAUUCAGAACCCUUACCCGAUCAAAAGCGACAAUGCACCGUUCAAAUCUUGGGCAUGACCUGUCAAUCCUGUGUGAAGAACAUCGAAACCACCAUCGCUCAAAAGUCCGGAAUCGAUGGAGUCAAGGUUGAUUUGCCCGGGCAACGAGGUCAGUUUGACUACAAUCCGAAGCUGACCUCGCCGGAUUUGAUUGUGUCACAAAUCUCUGACAUGGGAUUUGAAGCAUCCUUAGAUUUUGGCCCAAGUUCCUCCCCACAAACAGGCCUGAUUCGGGUGGAGGGUAUGACUUGCCAAUCCUGUGUCAAGAAUAUCCAGGCGGAAAUCGGCCAAGUCCGGGGUGUGAAUUCGAUUCACGUGGACUUGGACGAGAAAUUGGCCACAGUUGAAUUUGAUGCUCCUUUGAAUGUUGACAUCCUAGCUGAGAGCAUCUCUGAUAUGGGAUUCGACACCCUAGCCUUGCAAUCCGAGGAUAUUGGAAUCGAGGGGAUGACUUGUCUUUCUUGUGUGAAAACCAUUCAAGACGGCCUCGUCGAUACGCCUGGUGUCUAUUAUGUGAAAGUCGAUUUAGACGCUCACAUGGGACAUUUCACCUUUGAUCCCCAAACGAUUAGUGUGCCUCAGAUAUCCGAGGCUGUGGAAGAAAUGGGUUUCAAGACGCAAGUGAGGCCUGGAGCUGCCGAUCGUGGGACUAAACCGAAAUCAAAAGUCAACACCGACCUCCAAGUACCUGAAAGCGAGGAGACCAAAUCCAUCAACAUGGAUUACGAAAAGUGUUUUCUUCGCGUUCAAGGCAUGACUUGUGCCAGUUGUGUGGUUGCCAUUGAAAAGCAUGUCAAGAAGCUCCGAGGUGUCCAUAACAUUCUGGUGGCUUUGAUGGCGGCCAAGGCUGAGAUCGAUUAUGAUCCAGCUCAGAUUCUCCCGCAGCAGAUUGCCAACUCCAUAACGGAUUUGGGAUUCUCAUCUGAGAUUAUUGAGAACGAGCGUGGAUCCGGAGAAGUGGAACUGGAGAUCAAAGGCAUGACUUGCUCAUCGUGUGUCCAUUUGAUCGAAUCCACGUUACUCAAGAAAGAGGGAAUCUUGAACGCCACUGUGGCUUUGGCCACGCAACGAGGGAAGUUCAAGUUCAAUCAAAGCUCCCUGGGUCCCCGAGAUGUUAUCAAAAUGAUUGAAGACUUGGGAUUUGAAGCCAACCUCUACUCUCGUGGGAUUGACACAUCGGCAAAUUACUUAAGCCACCAGGCUGAGAUUCGUAAAUGGAGGAACUCAUUUCUCAUCUCGUUGGUGUUCGGACUCCCUUGCAUGAUUAUCAUGAUGUACUUCAUGGUCAAGAUGUCCAGUCCCGACCACGAGCACGGAGAUGGUUGCUGCAUCGUUCCUGGCCUUUCCUUGGAGAAUCUUCUCCUGUUCUUACUUUCCACACCAGUCCAAUUCGUUGGAGGACGCCAUUUCUACAUCGCUGCGAUCAAGGCCAUUCGUCAUGGAACCACGAACAUGGAUGUCCUCGUGAUGUUGGCCACCACGGUGUCUUACGCAUAUUCUGUCGCAGUGGUGAUUGCCUCCAUGGCCAUGCAAGAAGGAACAUCGCCCAUGACUUUCUUCGACACACCGCCAAUGUUAUUGCUUUUCAUCUCUUUGGGUCGAUGGCUCGAGCAUAUUGCUAAGGCCAAAACAUCAGAUGCCUUGUCCAAAUUGAUGGGCUUGAAGGCCACGGAAGCCAUCAUUGUCCAAGUGGAUAACGGCAUGAAUGUACUUAAUGAGAGAAAAGAGAAUGUAGAUCUGGUUCAUCGAGGAGACAUCCUGAAAGUGGUCCCUGGAGCAAAGAUUCCUGUGGAUGGGAAAGUGGUCUUUGGCAAGUCCCUUUGUGACGAAAGUCUCAUCACGGGCGAAUCCAUGCCCGUGUCCAAAUCAGAGGGCUCCCUGGUUAUUGGGGGCUCAAUCAAUCAAAACAAUAUGAUUCUAAUCAAAGCUACCCAUAUUGGUGAAGACACCGCUCUCAGUCAGAUCGUUCGUCUAGUCGAAGAGGCCCAAACUAGCAAAGCGCCCAUUCAACAACUGGCGGAUAAGAUUGCCGGCUACUUCGUACCUAUCGUGGUCACGUGUUCCUUACUCACUCUCUCCGUUUGGGUGGUGAUCGGUUAUGUGGACAACAGCCUAUUGCCCGUAUCCAAUAUGGAACGUGAUGGGUUUUCGCCUCCCGAGAUCACUUGGCAAUUUGGCUUCCGAAUGGCACUCACUGUGUUGGCUAUUGCCUGUCCUUGCUCCCUGGGUCUAGCCACACCCACUGCAGUCAUGGUGGGAACGGGGGUGGGUGCUACCAAUGGAAUACUCAUCAAAGGAGCUGAGCCGCUAGAAAAUGCUCACAAAGUGUCCACCGUGGUCUUCGACAAGACCGGAACCAUAACUCAUGGCAAACCCAGUGUUGCCAGUUUGUCAGUGUUUGUUGAGGAGCGUUACUUAAGUUUGGUCAGAAUUCUGGCUAUUGUGGGUGCGGCUGAGAGUUGCUCAGAGCAUCCAUUGGCCUCGUCCAUAGUGCAAUAUGUGAAAACUACCUUUGGAUGUGACAUCCGAGCCAAGUUUAGUCAUUUCGAAGCUGUGCCUGGAUGUGGACUUAGAGUGACCGUCUCCAAUGUCGACGGCAUGGUAGAAGAUGCCAAGAACUCGGCGGCCUUAAAAUCGUUUCAAAACCAGAGAGGCGCUCCAUCUGUCCAUCACCUUCCCACCACUUUAAAUUCUGCCAUGGUUGACUAUUCGAGUAUGCGACCCAGUGCCAAUAUGAUUCGCGGUUCCCUGGAACAAGAGCGAACCCCCAACUUGGUUGAUGUGGACGUGGAUGGAGUGUCAGCGAUUGCCUUAACCGAGCACCACGUGCUCAUCGGGAACAGAAAAUGGAUAAGCGAGAAGAAUUUCAUACAAAUUCCAGAUGAUAUUGAGAACAAACUGGUGGCUCAAGAGCAACUGGGUCGGACGGCCCUCUUGGCGGCCAUUGACGGCGUGUUGGUGGGUCUAUUCGGCAUUGCAGACACUGUCAAACCCGAAGCGCAUUUGACAGUGUACACCCUCAAGAAGAUGGGCCUUGAGGUCGUCCUUCUCACGGGAGACAACAAGAAAACAGCGGCGGCCAUUGCCAGACAAGCAGGCAUUUCAAGGGUAUUUGCCGAGGUCCUUCCCUCUCAUAAGGUCUCAACCAUUAAGCGGCUUCAACGAGGAGGCCACAAGGUGGCUAUGGUCGGUGAUGGUGUCAAUGAUUCUCCAGCCUUGGCCCAGGCCGACAUCGGAAUCGCUAUAGGGACUGGCACGGAUGUGGCUGUGGAGGCGGCCGAUGUGGUUCUCAUCCGGGACGAUCUGCUUGACGUUGUGGCUUGUUUGCAGCUCUCCAAGAAGACCGUCCACCGGAUUUGGCUGAAUUUCCUGUUCGCCUCCGUUUACAAUUUAGUAGGGAUCCCCGUGGCUGCCGGGGUAUUUUCCCCAUUGGGCAUCAAACUUCAACCUUGGAUGGGAUCAGGAGCCAUGGCCUUGAGCUCAGUGUCCGUGGUCACGUCCUCUCUUCUAUUGAGGUUAUACAAAAAGCCCACCACAACUCAAUUGGAAACCGUCGAAUACUUGAAGGUCCUUCACUCGAGGAACCAAGGUCCCUUGGAGGAAGGACCUCUUUCUAUUCAUCGUGGGGACGAUGAUUACAUCUUCAAACCGACCAGCAGAUCAUCCUUAUCCAGACUUCUUCAUUUUAACACCCCUUCCGUGUCAGAACAGUCCCAAAACGACCACCGCCAACGAGAUCGGAACCACGUGGAUGGCAGUGGAAGGCAUCUCUUGGGCAACCAUCCCAACGAGGAGGACAAUCAAUAUUUGGACGAUGUCAAAAUUGUCAACUCAAGCCGCUCUCCGGGGAGGAGUCCGCACUCGAUGACUUCACUUUAGAGCUAGUUAGCUAGCUAACUUCAUCCAUUGUCCCAUGGUUUAUACCACUUUGUUGACAUUGUAUUAUACAGCCAAAGGAAUAACCAGCCAUUCGCACGUUCAAAGCUUGCGACGCUUUGUUCCCGGAAUCAAUGCACCCAUGAAAAUCAAAGAUCACUCGGAACAUGAAUAAAUUUUCACAUGAAUUUUCCGA